AUGCAUGUGGGGGUUGAAACAAUUGAUGGGAACUAUAAGUUUGUCUUAAGUGUUGUGUAUGCUUAUAAUGACGAAGAGGGAAGGAAAGAACUGUGGAAAGAGCUGAUGCAGGUUGCUCAAAAUGAUUCCUGGUUAGUCAUGGGAGAUUUUAAUGAUAUUCUAGCCAAGGAAGAAAGAAUAGGGAAUAGAGUCAAAUAUCGUCCUUCCCAGGACUUUAUUCACUAUGUUUCCAAUUGCCUUCUGGAGGAUGUGAAGUCUUGUGGCAACUUUUACACUUGGAGCAAUAAGCAGCAAGGAGAUGAUAGAAUUUUUUUGAAAAUUGAUAGGGCCAUGGCAAAUCAGAGUUGGAUGGACAUGUUCCCUAAUGCUGAGGUGAAUUUUAUGAAUGAAGAGUUGAUGGAUCACACACCAGUUGUUAUGUCUUUCUAUGAUAUGGCUCCCAGUGGCAAGAAACCAUUUCGAUACUUCAAAAUGUGGAACACUCAUCCGGACUUUACUACAGCAGUAGCAGCCUCCAGGAAUCAACAAACUACGGUGCACAAAAUGUUCCAAGUGGUCACUAAACUCAAAAGAUUGAAAGGGGUAUUAAGGGAGUUGAAUAAGCAAGCUUUCUCUAAUAUACAAAGGGCUAAUGAGAAGGCUAAAGACCUGCUAAAUCAGAUUCAAAAUAGAGUGCAGCAGGACCCGUUAAAUCAGAAUUUGUUGCAAGAGGAAUUAGCAGCCCGAAAAGAUUAUACUGCCUCAUUAAAAAAUUAUCAAUCUUAUCUUCGACAAAAUGCUAAGGUGACUUGGCUCAAAAGUGGAGAUGAAAAUACAGCUUUAUUUCAUGCAAAACUAGGAGGGGGAAAGAUUAACAGAAGAAACAAAGAUAUCAGAAGCUUUUUUGGCAUAUUACAAAGGGCUGUUGGGCAAUACAAUGCAAGGGAGAAGACCUGUUUUAACAAAUUGGUGCAUUCGGGGGUUGUUGUAUCUGAUCAACAUGCUAAUUGGUUGUACCAGAAGUACUCAUGUGAAGAAAUCAAGGCUGCUGUUUUUGCAAUACUAGGAAUCAAAGCCCCAGGACCGGACGGGUACUCAAGCUACUUUUUCCAGGAUUCUUGGGAGCUCAUUCAAGAAGAUUUGUGUGCUGCAGUCCAAAAUUUCUUGCACUCGGGGCAGAUCCUGAAGGAGAUCAACUCCACUGUGCUUACUCUCAUUCCAAAAGUGAAAUGCCCAAAUACUGUAAGUGACUUCAAACCUAUUGCUUGUUGCAAUGUCAUAUACAAAGUUGCAACUAAAUUGAUCUGUUCCGGAUUGAAACAUGUUCUUCCUGAGUUAGUGGCACAGAAUCAGGAGGGCUUUGUACAGGGAAGAUUUAUAGCGCACAAUAUUAUGAUUUGCCAAGAUCUAAUCAGGAAUUAUGGGAGAAGAAACACAAAGCCUAGUUGUAUGAUCAAGUUGGAUCUACAAAAGGCAUAUGAUACCAUUGAGUGGGAUUUCUUAGAAGAGAUGUUGAGGGCUUUUCAGUUUCCUAAUAAGUUCAUAACUCUCAUUAUGAACUGUGUUAGGACUCCAAAGUUCUCUCUAAUGUUCAAUGGAACAAUGCAUAGAUUUUUUGAAUCUAAAAGAGGAUUAAGCCAGGGGGAUCCACUCUCCCCUUUGCUAUUUGUGCUUGGAAUGGAGUAUCUUUCAAGGAUUAUGACUAAGAUUGGGCAGAAGCAGGAAUUCAAGUUCCAUGAAAGAUGUGAAAGUCUAAAACUCAACCACUUGAGCUUUGCAAAUGAUGUGCUCCUCUUUUGUCAUGGUGACUUUAAGAGUGUAUAA